AAGGGGAGGUGACACAUGGACACUGCUACUUCCUGUUUACCACAUUUCCGGAAAUGAGUUUGGAACGUUAACUCCUUUUGUUAGCGUUUUCCUCUACAAGUACAGGCAUUUUUAAAAAUUUAUUUCAGAGGUACCACCUUACAAUUGAGUUCGUGUAACAUGACUGUCACAGCCAUGGUUGCAAUUGCAACGCAACGCAACGCAAUGAGAUGACUUGUCGAAUCAUGGACGUUUCCUGACUCGCGUAUUGACUACAGUGUCUGGCCAGGGGGUUGAAGGUGUCUGCUGCCGUUUCACCCUCCAGUACUUAUCGAUUUUAGUAUCCUUCUACCUUCCCGUGGGUGCGUUUCAUAGUCCUACAUAGGCGUAUGGCUUCUAACUACUUGCUGGCUUAGCUGGCGGUACGUGGGCUUUCUCGUGGCUUGUCGUGGCACAUCGCUCAGUGUGUUUGAACAAGCAACAGAUUGUCGGUGCCCUGAGAAAGACCCGGAGUCCGGUACUGAUCCUUUCAGGAGGGCGACAGUCAGAAAGUAACUGGCACGCAAGGGGAUGACCUGCUCGGUCUUGCCCUUCUAGUGGACAAGGGUCUGCGGUGUUUAAGGAGAUCGAGUCCGUUUCAAGCCCAUCACCCCAGCUCGGGCAGUAUAUGGCUGCUCUCCCCUCACCGGCAUGUGGCUUCAAAGCCACUGUAGGGUCGGCCUUGAAAAGUAAAGAAAUCGGGGAUUUGAUCGACUUGUUUUCCAGGACCCAGUACAGAGCAAAGGCAGUUUCUCCUCGGAUGGCGGAAAUAGAAACCUGCUCCCUGGAGUUAUUUGCCAAAGAUUACAAGUACAGUGUGAUCCAUAAUUCCAAUGGUGAAGUUUGUGGUCAUUACCCACGCCGGAUUGUUUUCCUCGAAUAUGAAUGCACAGAUGUUGACCGAGACAGGUUUGAGAGCACUGUGCAGAUCAGUAAACUACAGGAUUUGGUGAACCGGAGUAAACUGGCCCGAUGCAGAGGGAGGUUCGUUUGUCCAGUCAUUCUCUACAAUGGCAAGCACAUUUGUCGUUCAUCUACUCUGGCAGGCUGGGGGGAGCUCUAUGGACGGACAGGCUAUAAUUACAUCUUCUCUGGGGGCAGCGACGAUACGUUGACAGACUCUGAGGACCUUCCAGAGGAUGACUUGCCAGUCAGGAAUGGGGACUCACAACUUUUUGACAAGGUCCGAGGCCAUGAUAUUAAGCUCCUCCGGUAUCUGUCAGUUCGCUACAUCUGUGAUCUUAUGGUGGAGAACAAGAAGGUUAAGUUCGGGGUGAAUGUGACAUCCUCUGAGAAGGCAGACAAAGCCCAACGCUAUGCAGACUUCACUUUGCUCUCUGUGCCUUACCCAGGUUGUGAGUUUUUUAAAGACUACAAAGAUAGUGACUACACUGCUGAGGGCCUUGUGUUUAACUGGAAUCAGGACUAUGUGGAUGCUCCCUUGACAAUUCCUGCGUGCUUGAACAAAACCCUAAACAUUGACUGGGCUGAGUACCAGUCAUGGGACCUGGUGGAGCAGACGCAGAACUACCUGAAGCUACUUCUGCAUAUCAUCAACAGUGAUGAUGAGAGUGGCCUUCUUGUGCACUGCAUAUCAGGGUGGGACCGAACACCUCUAUUUGUUUCCCUCCUCAGGCUGUCUCUUUGGGCAGACGGAGCUGUACACAAGAGCCUGGAAGCAUCGGAGAUCCUAUAUCUGACAAUUGCUUACGACUGGUUCAUGUUUGGUCACAUGCUGCCAGACCGACUUUCCAAGGGGGAAGAGAUUUUCUUUUUUUGCUUCAACUUUUUGAAGCACAUCAUCUCAGAGAAGUUCUCUGCAAUUAAAAAAGACAGAAGGAAGAACUCCCAGUGCAAAGAUUGUGAUUUUACAGUGGAGGACCUCUGCCAAUUAAAAUCCAGGGAUCGUGGAAGUGUGACAAGUCUGAGCAGUGACUUUUCCCUCAUCACUGAGGAGGUUGGUGUGACUUCCAGCUUCACAAGUGACACUGUGGACCUCUCCAGCCAGGCUCCACUUCCCACUUGGAAAAAACGCACUGCUUCCUCUCCUCAAAUGGUCACAUGGAACAAACAAAACCUCCUGGAUGAACAGCUCACACAUCCCCUCAGUGAGACCAUGCCUUCCAGUUCAUCCUCGUCCAACCACUCUGAACACGUCGUCACACACGCAGGCAGCAGGCCAUUGACUGUCCCUGGCCGAAGGUUUGCAGCAGACUACACUUGGUCAGGGUCUUCUCUGUCUACAGAGUAUGGUAGUUGGCAGAUAGUUUCUGGUUGUGGUAGCAUCCAUGAUCAUCCUCCCUUCCAUCCACCUCUGACUUCGGCCUCAUCUGGUAUUGCUGUUCCUUAUGACUCCCUCUUACCCAUCAGCUUUCAACAGGAAGGACCCAAUGGGCGGAUGUUUCCCUUGGCCUCAGAACGGCAAGCCCGUCUCGAAGCUGUUCGGAAAAUAUUCCUGGCGGCCUACAGCUCUACUGUGGGUUUAAAGUCUGGAGUGUCCAGUCCCUCUGGGGCAAUCACAGGCCUGCUUGAGCAGUUUGCCCGAGGUGUCGGCCUUCGAAGUACCAACACUCUUGUCUAAGUCUCUUUUAAUGUGAUUGCUGAGACGCCCUGCUUCAUCAGAUCCAUCCAUCAAAUAAUUUGUGGACUCUAACAAAGUGCCAAAAAUUCCUUCGUUUUAUACUCUUAGUGAAUCUGCUUUGGUAUUUUUGGAAUUGUUUUCUGACGCUGCAUCUAAAGUUCUUGCUUGUUGCCUUCUAUAAAGGUCCACUGUCAUGAAAUGCAUUAUUUUUAGGAUGUUAUUAAUGAAAAAACGGCACCCGGUAUGGACCCAUCUUUUUUUCACCACAAAACAUGAUUUAGACUUUUGUAAUUCCCGCCAUGAAAAUCCUCUCGAAGGAUUUGUUUUCGAGAAGAAGCAGAAAGUGACGUACAGGCAGUAGCACACUCAAGCGGUCUCGUAUGUUUAUACUAGUUUUACCUGCUGGGAGGUCGCUUGUUCUUCUUUCGUGUUAGCGAAAAUGCCGACUCGUUGAAUUGGUGGAUAUUGCUUGAACACUCGGGAGGAGGGUUCGCUCUUCAUACUAUUCCAAAAGACCCGGUUUGUGGUGAAAAAUUGACUUCACAGGUGCAAAGGACGAGAGCAUCAUGGGUUCCAAAUGACAGGUAGAUGUGUAUACAGCAUCUAAAAAAAAACAAUAGUUGGGUGGGUGGCGUAAUCCAUAAAUCAGGGGUGCUAAAUGUGUCAAUGUGCCCAUCGGAAGGCUUUCGUGCAGCAGCCACUGAAGGACGGCCUCCACAGGCCUUGUGGAUGGCCACCGGGGUUGUCAACAAGGCUGAGCCGGCCUUGUGGAUCACCGCCGGCCUUGUUAACCCGGCUUUGGUCUGGGUGGCUCGUCGUGGUUUUUAAAGUGCAUGCGCGCGUGGUUGGCUUGAGUUCAUGACAGUAGUUGCCAGCGUGCUUUGGUUCCGUUAUUUCCGGCACUUGCGUGUGCGCUUUGAUUGAGUUUAUUAAGGUUGUUGUGGGUAUUGUGACAACAACAUCAUUGUGUGUGGGCAUGUGCGUCGAUGUGUGAGUGAAACUAACCCUAUAAAAGAGCAUGCCCAAGUGAAAGAGUUUUUUGAUGGCGACCGGGGAAGACUUGCGGAGUAGUGAUUAGGGCAGGACAUGUUGAUGUUGAAUGUCAAGAGGGGCCAUUAAAGCCAUUCAUGCACCAAAUCAGUGCUUCUGGGCAUUAUCGUUCCCACCACGCAGCUCUCCUGUGUAACAAGAGAAGAAAGUUAACCCAGAAGAUGACAACCUUGGCCGCGGAGAAGAUGUCUCCACUUUGCUUCCCAACCACGGUCAGGUGACCAUAGCAGGAAAGCCUAACACGGUAUUUAUGCAAAACUGGCAUGCACAUUGAAUAGAAAUAGCACAAGGCUUCUCAGUCGGAUCGAGAUCUUUGGAGAAAAUAAUUUGUCAACUUUGCUCUCAAAAUGGAAGGGAAAAAUUCACAGUUAGAUGAAAAUAUAGUGAUGAACACAGUACGUUUUUGGCAUUGCAGAAGAGCUCAUUUUUUUGUUGUUGAGGGCGAUGGCCAGUCACUCUGCCUUUUGUUUCCAUCAUGCAUUUCACAACUUCAAAUCUUCACUUCAGCUCACUCCAUAUUAACAUUAACCUGUAAUUUCUAAAAGUGACUGAACUUUGGAGUCAAAUUAGCCACUUUGAAAAAUAAUUCAACAUUAAUAAUAAGUUAAAAACAAAAAUGAAGCAUCCAUAGACGAACGCUUACAUCGUGUCAACUGGCUUGGAACAUUGCAAGGGUCAAAGAUCCAUACAAUGAAGGGGAAUUUCUUAAAAAAAAUGCCUCAGUGACGUCACUGAAAUCUUAAACAAAUGGUAUUAGACUUUCAAUUGUCCUGCCACACUAAACAGAGAAUAUCAGACAUUAUCAUGGCUACUGAUUCACAGUUUCCUCCAGACCUCCAAUCAUUUGAGUAUUUUGGUGUUGAAAUAGAUGGAAAUUGUGACAUAAAGAGACAGACUUGGUUGAACUGGUAGUUUGUCUGUGUGAGAAAGAACACACAAUUUUAAUAUUUUAGUUACUGGUCUUAGUUCUAUGUAAGAGUCCAUUUUUAUUGUGUUGGUGUGUGAGAUUUACAAUCAAUCUGGCUGAGUAAAAGUAUGUGUGAAGAGUGAAUGAUGUUCAUGUGUGGUGUAAUGUUAAAAAUAAAAGCAGUCCAAUGUGGCUAACCAAAUUAAUCCACGUUUUCAAUAUUUUUUUGUUACAUGUCAAACAUUAUCAGUAGGUGCAGUAGAUUCUUAGAAAACCAACAAGACCCAGCAUUCAGAUAUUCCUCGUUUUUCGCAGUUAAUGGGGACCAGAACCCCCCCGCAAAAUGUGAAAAAACGGAAAGUAGGAUGCCCCUCCACCCCACACACAAACACACUCCGGGAAUUUUCAUGUAUCUGGGUACCAGAUUGAUUAAAAUAUAUAAACAGUAUAUAUACUUUACAUAUUUGAGCCCAAGAUUACAAUAGUGCAUGUAUUUACUUAAAUCUUUAAUUAUAAAACAUUUAAUCUUUCCUGCAACAGUCGCCUGACCACGAUCGGGAAAUGCAGGGGAGACACCAUGGUGGUGCAAACAACAAUGGUACGAAGUACCGUUUUGCUACUCGGAAGGCUUUAUUGGAUUCAUUAAGUACUCAGCAUCAACGUGUCCUCUCUUAAAAACUACUUUUCCCCAGUCGCCCCACCUAAACUUGUGAACUACACACGAGCACCUGCUCACGCUGUGUUUCCACACACCUGCGGAGUCUCAUCUCUUUCACUCCCCCACCCCUCUCUCGCUCCACACACACACACACGGUGAAGGAGAGGCUCGUAGAGCUUUCAAAUUAACUCACCUGCAGAAUUGCAACAUGAUGAUCGUAAAAACGGUCCUUGAAUAAGUAUGCGCAGAUGUCCUCUUCCAAAAGAGGCCUUGCUCAUUAGUCAUGGUGGAACGGUAUUUGGCUUAAUAAUCUUCAUGUAGGAAAAGGCUGAUUCACAUAAAUAAGGGGAUCCGGAUAAUGCAGUCAAGGAAAUUCCUCAUGUUGCAUGCUUUUCUUCUGAACUGUCCACGAGCUCUCGACUUUAGCUCAGUGUCAGUUUGUAGAGUUAAUAUCUCAUCUUGCACUCCAGAAGAGUUCAUGUGAAAUAGUGCUGAAAUGUUUGAUGAGAGUGAAUCAAACUCAACAUCUUCCUGAAAAGGGUAGAACAUUAAUGUAGCGACUUGCUCAAGCAGAGAAUAGUCCUGAAAGAAUUUGUCAAACUCUGACAGACAAUUGUCAAUCUGCUCCGUGUGGUGUAAGUUGCUCACGGGCCAGCUCUGACGCCAGCUUCUGGAAAUUUGCCAAAUCAUGGUGCUGCAGCUUUGAGGAGUUUUGUUGCAUUUUUCAUUUAAAAGCAUUUACUUAGCUGAUCAUAUUGGUCACUGUUUUGUCGUUUCCUUGCAGCUCAAGAUUAAAGUCAUUCAACAAGUUUGUCAGAUGGAUUAAAUAUGCCAAGUCUAAAUACCACUGACCCCCAUUUAGUUGCUUAUAUUCUGCAUGUGCAAACACACAGGAAAAACUCAAUCUCCAGACAGAGCUCUCGAAAUCUUUAGAGAAAUUUCCCAUGACUAAGCCAUCUCACGUCAGUAUGUAGAAACAACAGCCAGGGAUGUGAGUGACACAGUCCAGAUAUGAAUUUUCAUUCAUAUGGUUUUGUGAUACCACUGCAAGAGAGGAGCUAUUAACAGUACUUCCCAUGAAAGAACAGAAGCAGGGAGAGGAUAUAUUUCAGAUGUUUAAUAACUUUAUCGUGAAAACUCAGCUCCCAGUGUACAAAUUGGUGUCUUAUCACCACAGAUGGAGCACCUGCAAUGGUUGGGCGUGUGAACUGCCAAUUGGAGGCAGAACGAUGCAUUCCCAAACUUUUUGAAGUACCGUUACAUAAUCCAUCAACAAGCGUAAUGUGCUAAAAUGGUAAACAUGAAAGAGAUCAUGGAUGUGGCAACAAAGAUCACCUUUUCUAUUCGAGCCAGAUAUCUUCAAAGACGAUUAUUCCAUGAACAUCUGGAGAAGGAUGAUUGCGACCACUCUUAACAUUCGUUCAACUGCAGUGAGAAACACAAUCUCUGAUGUCCUGCCACAAUUGCCGGGUUAAAUCCUUAGCCAUGGCUUCACAGUGUCGUGUGACUGUACGUCUUGAAAGCUGCAGAGCUUUGAUUGAAGAUAUCUCUACCUUAUUUUUAAAGUCCUGGAACAAUGAGUGCUGCUUCAAUGAAUGUCUCUUUUACCAUUUCUCUGUCUUGGAAGGACUUAAUGUUUUUAAUGAUGACGUGAGUCACAUGGAAUGAUGCUUUGGUGGCAGCUUUCCCUUUUGAAGUUUGUUGAGUGAAACAUGACUGGUGUCCGGACAACUGGGAUUUGAGCUCCUUAACCUUUCUCUUUCUCAGCUUGCUUUUCGGCGAGAAGUUGGUGUCGUAUUUUCCAUGAAUAGUCUGAAAAUUCCACUCCACGUUUCCCUUCUUUGGUAUUGCGAUGGUAGACUGGCAGAUGAGACAAACACACUUCAAAAAUGACAGAUUAAUUUUACUCUCAGUUCACAAAAAGUUCCUCCAUUUCUUUUUAGUGCCAUUCAUGUGGUCUUUGGGAAAUUGUAGCUUCUUCUGCACCUGCCUUUUUUUUUUUUUUAACAGAAGGACUUUGCAGUGCUUUCUUGUAAAUAGAUUAACUUCACACAGACGUCUUCUCACUGUCAUAGUACUUAUAGGUAACUCCAGACUAUCUUUAAUCAUGCUGGAAGUGAUCAUUGGCUGAGCCUUUUCCAUUAUUAUUCUGGAAUCCAUUUUGAUGGUUCUCUUCUGUUUUCUGCCACGUGUCUGGUUUUCCUCUUCAUUUUAAGGGAUUAGAGGUCAUUUUAGCGGAACGGCCUAUAAUUUUUUGCACCUCUUUAAAUGGUUAACCCUCCUCCAAUCAAAGCUUUCAUCAAAGUAGGCUGUUCUUCUGAACAAUGUGUUGAACGACCCAUUUUUCUCAGGCUUUCAUGGAGAAAUGCAUGUUCUACAGGUGCUGGUUUCAUUCUUAAAUAGGGCUCACCUUAUUCACACCUGUUUUUCACAAAAUUGAUGACCUCACUGAUCGAAUACCAAACUGCAAUUUUUGUUUUUUUACCACACUCUUAAACAAACUGCCCAAGUGCACAGGCUUUUUAGUGUCUAUAUCAUGCAUGUUGUGUCUUGUUGGUUUUCUGAGAAUCUAUUCCACCUACUGGUAACUUGUUUGACAUGUAGAAAUAAAAAAAUAUAUACUGAAAAUGUGGAUUAAUCUGGUUAGUCACAUUUGACUGCUAUUAUUUUGAACGCGGCUGUAUGAUGUGUCUCUUUGGGUCUUUCAUGUGAAUGAUGUGGCUCUUUGACAUACCAGUAAAAAAAUGUGGCUCUUGAUCUCUGACUUGUUGCGCCCCCCGCCCCCUGCCUGAACCAGAAGUUUACAUAGACUAUAUAAAAAAUACUUUUU